UUUACUUUCUUUGCUGAACGCAGACAUUGAAGUGCCAGACAGCACAAGAUCUUCAAGGGAUAUCCUAAGGACUUAUGCGGACAUUUAGAAAUCCGAGAGAGAGAGAGAGAGAGAUGUUUUUGAAAGAUCGUACUGUCUGGAGAGUCAUAGGUUGCUUUCCAACGAAAGACACAAAUCGACACAAAUAUCAUCCUAUCUUUGUUACUCACUAAAUAUGGAAGAAAGAUAGAAUGAUGUUUGUGUUGACUUGUGUCUCUUGUUGAAAAGCAACCUAAGAUUCCACGUUCGACGCGAAACACAACCGCAAGACAUCGUUUUCAUAUCAAGCUAUCGUUUAGGGCAUUUGUUACACACGUAAUACUCGUGUAUUACUAUAUCCAAAACACACUAUCGCGAAAAAGGUACCGCUAAUUACACGCGAAUAUGAUCGAUCUCGCAUUAUCGAAUAAUUGCGCGAAGAUGGGCCCGCGCGAUCUUGGCGUUAGUUUUUAUCGACUCACGUCCCGCAUAUAUCGCUGACACGAGUCCUACCAGCUACACUCAGAAUGUACCGCCGAAUGUCACUUCAAAUCAACCACUUUGCGUCGAACGAGACAGCACGCAAUAGGUGCAUUCAGCGAAAUCAACAGUUGCAUAACAGUUGAGUAAUUCGUCAAUGUAAUUGGUCUAGAUUUAGGGAUCUAACAGUAAGAAUCAAUAAUCGCUGAUUUCUCACUAAGCACUUUUUCCGCUGAACGCGCCCAAUGUAACACACGGAAUUCAAACGCACGCCAUUGCGGUUACCGCGAAAAUUCGACGAACCAUCGAAAUUCGACUGCGCCAUCAUUGUUCUGUCCUUCGUAGCUGCAUUGCUGAACUGAUGCAAUAAGUUGGUGUGAAAUCAAUAUAUUUUUUCUCACUCUAUUUAUUGUCUCUCUAAAUUAUAUCAGUUCAGUAAUGCUACUACAAAGAACAGACUUCAGCUGCGUUCGAGGAGACGCUAUUUAGCGCUAUAAGUAUGCUCUGCCCUUGUUUGUCCCUAAAAGUUGAACAAGGACAGAGGACGUUUAUAGCGCUAAAUAGUGUCUCCCUAAACGCAGCCUUCAUAUAAGACGACGGGCACGCGAAAUAUCACUUGACUAUACAUUACGCCUGCGCAGUACCGUUCUAUCUCAGUGCUCGAUGUUUACAAAUUUCAUACGCGUCGACGCGUCCCGUUUGCGUGUAAACAAGAAAUGUGUGAUUAUGUGAUCCUAUUGUAAUAUUUUGUAAAUGUAAUAUCUGAUUCGAAAAUCUGGUUACGCGUAAUGGCAUGCACAUACAAUUUCCAAUUGCAAAAUCUCUAUAAGAAUUUAAUAAGUACAAAUUUCGACACCGAACAUUGUUGACACUGAUGUUAACCCUAAUCUUCAUGACAUCGAUCGCGUUAUACCUUGCUUUGCGUAGAAAUAACUCGUGCAGUCGGAAGUUGUGAAACUAUUGAAGUUACGACAGAAAAUAAGUCAAUGAAGCGAACGAGAGCAGCUGCGAAAGUUCAGCAGCGACAUGCAAUUCAGGAGAAUCCUGAUGAUGAAGUAGUAAAGUUGGUGGAGAUCCAAAUGGCUUCAAAGGUAGAGUCAAAUGAAAAACCAAAACUAAACCUGAAAUCUUUACGAAGUGAAGAUAACAAAAAUGUAUAUAGCACGACCAAUUCUCACAUUACUGAGUCCUCUAAGAAAUUUAAGAGUGUUCAAGAAGAACCAAAGACAAAAACUCUCAUCAAAAGUUAGUCAAGAAGAGUUGAAACCAAACACAAAAGUAAGUAAAAAAAAACCAAGAGCCGUUGUAGACCUGCAAAUGAUGAAAGAAGAAUUGAAACAAUUGGAAGAUCCUCCUAUAACACCUUGGGAGAAGGAAUUGUCUUCUGGUCGGUUGCAAUAUGAUUUUUUUGAUAUUCCCUGUGAGGAACUUGCGCAACGGUUAUUAGGUAAAAUACUUGUACGAUAUCUUGAGAAUGGAACUAUUCUUAAAGGAAGAAUAGUGGAGACUGAGGGAUAUUUGGGUGCAAUCGACAAGGCAUCUCAAACUUAUCAGAACAAAGUUACACCACGCAAUAUACCAAUGUAUAUGCCACCAGGGACUAUUUACGUUUACAUGACGUAUGGCAUGUACCAUUGCUUUAACAUUUCCAGUCAAGAGGUGAGUGCGUAUGUAUUGAUCAGAGCGGUCGAACCGCUGGUGGGCCUCGAGUACAUGGAAUUGCUAAGAAACAUGCAGCUCAAGGAUAACGGAAGAGAAAAGCAAAUCGCGGACCGUGUAACGCGCCUAAAGCAAUAUGAGCUUUGCGAUAAUCCUUUCAAGAUUUGCGAUGCGUUUGCAAUCGACCAGGAUACUUUCGACCGAAAGUUCGCUCACGCGUGUAAUAAUUUAUGGCUCGAAAGUCAGCCUUUUGUAAGAUCUCCUACUAUAGUAGCCGUACCACUAAAAGACCAUGAGUCGAACGAUAUCUACAUCCGAAAGAUGCGAUAUUAUGUACUAGGCAGCGCUAGUGUUAGUGAAAGAAACUCCGAGCGCGAGAAAUAUGCUUAUGUUGUAACGAAUUAAGUUUAGCAAACCUGAAACUCUUUAGAUCGAAUUAUAAAUCCAAAUAUGGAGUUAAUUUCAAAACUUUUCCUAAAUACAAAAAUAUAUUUUUGCUUAAUAUUAAGAUUUGUACCAAAUAAUUGUAAUUUCAUCAAUGCUAUCCACACUAUGAAUUUUAUAUUGUAUAUAGAACAAAAUGUAAUCAUAACAUGAUUCUUAUUCUCUUUCUCCCUUUAAACGCCACGCUUGCCUUUAGCGAGUUGAGAGAUAAAUUUUAAAAAAGUGAAACUGUCUUUGCCUUCACUUUUGUAUGUUGUUAUAUAGAAUGUUGAAUUUUAUAAAUUUAGGUAGUGAAUAUAAAGAAUUUAAUCAAGAGAGUUUCUAGCCUAUGAUAAAUACCAACAAGUAUAUCUAGUCCUAUACAUGUAUUUAAUGUAUUUCACAGUACAUAAAAUAAAUUUGGCACUUAAAGAGUUCAA